AAAUCCUUUAUGCUUUCUCUUUCCACAUUUUCGCUUGCGCUCUUGUGGAAUUCGAACAAAUUUAAAAAAAAAAAGAAAAGAAAAAUUACAGAUGAGAAAUGCUAAUGACAGAUCUUUCAGAACUUACAUCUGUUCUUCCCUUUCCUCUAUUUUCUCUUUUUCUUUCCCCACAUUUGAUACGUUUCUUUAAGAUAAGAUGCUUGUGAAAAUGCAUACUUUCACAUUCUAGGGGCAUUUGAUGAUUGGGCCCGAAGUUCUUGAGGUUGUAAUGACUCCUGUGCGAGAAAAUUCGGUUACCCACGCCCACAAUUCUUCAGGGUCAGGUUCUUCUCUAAGGGAUCUCCUGUACUCGGACCCUUUUACAAGUUGGACUUCUGAAGAUAGUGAAAAUUUUUAUUCAGGUCCACUAGAAAGACUGGAAUCUCUGAUGAAUCAAUCAGGGAAUAUGUUUUGUGCAGAUUGUGGCUCCCCAGAUCCCAAAUGGGUGUCAAUAAGCCUUGGAGUAUUCAUAUGUAUCAAAUGUUCUGGUGUUCAUAGAAGCCUUGGAGUGCACAUAUCAAAGGUGCUGUCUGUGAAGCUAGAUGAAUGGACAUAUGGAAAGGUUGACGCUUUGGCUGAAAUGGGCGGAAACACUGCAGCAAACAAGAAAUACGAAGCUAUGUUAUCAGAUAACUUCAAAAAGCCAACACUAGAUUCUACGAUAGAGGAACGUACUGAUUUCAUUAGGAGAAAAUAUGAGCUGCAACAAUUUUCCAGCUUCAAUGAACAUCUAGAUACUUAUUGUAGCAUACAAAAUAUGAGCUACAGAGAUUUUUGCCCCGAUCCAUCUAGUCUGAGUUGCCCUUUUCCGCCUGUUCCGAAUUUAUCAUCGUCUCAGAACAAUUCUUCAUGCAAUAACUUAAGUACAUCCAUAGACAAGAAAAUUGAUGAGAAACAUCCCACUGGACAUCGUAUUCAUCGACUUGGGCAUGCAUUCCGCAACAGUCGGAGAAGAAAGGAAACUGAGCUUAAAGCUGCAAAGAAAGUAAACUUAACAGCGGGUAUGGUUGAAUUCGUAGGGUUGAUAGAGGUCAACGUCAUCAGGGGCACCAACCUAGCCAUUCGAGACGUUAUGUCGAGUGAUCCUUAUGUCAUCCUCACACUGGGACAGCAAUCAAUGAAGACGCGUGUAAUAAAGAACAACCUGAACCCAGUCUGGAAUGAAAGGCUAAUGUUAUCAAUUCCUGAACCUGUCCCACCUCUAAAGUUGCUUGUUUACGACAAGGAUAGAUUCACAACAGAUGAUCACAUGGGAGAGGCUGAGAUUGACAUACAACCCUUGGUCACUGCUGCCAAAGAUUAUGAGAACACAAACAUCACUGAGUCCAUUGAGCUCGAGAAAUGGAUAGCUAACAAAUACAAUGGCUUUGUAAAGGACAGUAUUAUCAGCCUAGUAGACGGGAAGGUAAAGCAAGACAUCCAAAUCAGGCUGAAGAACGUUGAGCAUGGAGUGUUAGAGAUUGAGAUUGAAUGUGUUCUUCUUAGUCAAUGAUUCCAGGUUAUAUUGUAAAGGAAUUCAAAUACACAAACAGAUGUUCCUAUAAUGCCAACACACUAGAUUUUGCAUCAGUUGAUGCGUUCUUGGGAGAAUCAUUCAACUGUGUGCCAUUGAAUCAGAUACUUGUUUGUAUUAAAUCCGCAGUUAGCUAA